AUGGUCAACCAGGCCGUCGGCGCGCUGAGGCUUCGUGGGCGUGAUGCGGGGUGGCGUCGUUUCCAAUCUAUUCCACCGACGGGAGGUGACCCAGUCGAGAUCAAUGUGGGCGCUGACGAGAGCCCGAAGAUGGUCGCGAAGGAGCUCGAUUGCAAGAAGAUCUCUCGGGAGCUGGUGGAGAUGGACCCCGCCAGGCGCUUCUGUACGGACAGGGAGAAGGGGAUUCUCAUUUCAUCAUGGGAAGAGUUGGUCUGCUCCGAUUCUGCGCCCGCGGCUCCCCCUCCCGCCAUCACUUGCAGCCGCAGCUUGCAGGAGCUUCAGAUGGACGAGGCUGAGGUCAGGCGUGUCACCCAUGCUCUCUUCGGGGAGCAGCAGGGUACAUAG